AUUACAAAAUUCCAUGCAAUUUUAUUUUAGUGCUAAAAGUUAAGGUAGAAAAUACACAAAAUUAAAAUUAUGGUCCUUCCAUUAAUAAAGUUAGGGACACUUGCUUUGAGAACUUUAAGCAAACCUAUUGCUGCUAGGCUAAAAAAAGAAGCUGGGAUUCAUCCCAAAUUCCGUAGUUUCAUAAUCAGCAUUGCCCAGGCGAACCACCGAAUGACAACAACCAUGCAAAGGCGGAUAUACGGCCAUGCAACUGAUGUUGGAAUACGACCUUUGAAUGAAGAAAAAGCAAUUCAAUCAGCUGUAGAUCUUCUCGGAGAAUUUUUUGUUUUCUCGGUCGCAGUUGCUGCUCUUGUAUUUGAGGUGCAAAGGAGUGCUCGAUCAGAGGCUAAGAAGGAGGAACUUCGUAGGCAAGAAAUGGAGAAAUUGAGGCUACGAGAUGAAGCACUGGGGAAGGAAGUGGAGAGCCUUAAAAGCAAGAUUGAAGAGCUGGAAAGGCUAGCUAAGGGAAAGGGACUUGUUGGUAUGUUCAAUUUCAGAAUUCCUCAUAUUGAAGACGGCAAGUCACCAACAGCAGCAUGAUAUGUUUUUGCAGUUUUGGCUACAUAGGAGUCAUUUUUUCUCUUCAUUCUUUUGAUUCAAGUCCUAUUUUUAGGAAAGCCCGGUCUAAGUUUCCAUCUGCUCACUGUAAAUAAAGUUGAAUCUUGAAUUAGCCAUUGUUAUGAAAUAUUUUGAAUACUAAAUUUGGUGAAA